AUGUCUCCCACCAAGCCGCAGCACAUCAGCGGCGAGUUCGUGAUCACCGACGACGACAACGGUGAUUCACACUUCCCUUUCCACCCUCUUCGUUCCCAAGCCAUCACCACCAUGAGCGAACGCAUCGAGGUUCAAGUUCGAACCCGGCUCCGAGCCGGCUCUCAAGCACCUCGAGGCUCUCAUGGGCAGAUUCCGGGAGCACGAGAAGGCUCUGGGACGAGUCCAUGA